AUGCGAAAAGCGAUCAGAGAUGUGAUGUCAUGGAAACAGCCUAUAUUGUAUUUUACCGUGAUCGCAACGCUCAACUCUGUGUUAAUCCCUUGCUAUGGCCAGAUUCCAGACGCAAGCGUUCCAAUGCCAAAAAAUGCCAACACUGAUCAGACAAUUGUCCGAUCUGGUAGGCUUGUAGUUGGGAAUCACUUCCAACUGAGAAGGGUGGGUCUCGUGGUAACCAAUGAUGAAUCCGCCGCUUCUGACCGCAUCAAGACUCAAAACGGAUCUCUUGCAUUUGAGACUGGUUAUCAGGCUGAACAACCUGCAUCACAAGGUAAGCCACCAGGCCUUUUUAAAUGUUUACAUCAUUUUACCCUGGAAAGGGGCAAUCUGGGAUCAUAAACAAAAGCUUGUUACUCCAUUUGUUUGUAAAUAAUGUAGUCUAAUGCUAUAAAGCUUCAACACAUAGUUGGAACUAUGAUUUUGAUUUCAUGGCUGGUCGGUCUUUGCAUCCACAGCUGAACUCUGACUUCCAGUGGAUACAUUUGUUCAACCCCAUCCUAGCUACAGAUUGUAACACCAGCUAAUGUAACCAACACAUUUUGGACCAUUUAUACUGGUAGUCACAGGUGUGGCUAUACAAAACGUUGCCAGAGCUGAACUAACCUGGUACUGGCGACAGUGUCUUCAUCCUCGAUUUUGGGAAAUGGUUUCAAAUGUCAGUGUCCAGUUGCAGGGGGUCUGUUUGAAUUUAGAAAAUUCUUAUUAACAAAUGUUUUGGUCCCUUAAGUAAUCAAUAAUGAUGUGGAGGAUGCCUUUGUUUGAAUCCCAGGUUGGCCCCUUUUAAAGAAGGAACAUGUUUGAGCCUGUACAUAUCCUGUUUAUUCCCUCUCCCAGAAUGGCACAAGUUGGAUGCUAAACUCCAGCACAUGGGGCCAUCAGUACAGUGUAGCAACUAUGCAAUGACCCUUCGGGUCAAAGGGUGGAGAGCUCCACAUUUUCUGGUCGACAAUGGUAAGUAGAACGCGGCCAAUAAAUAAGGAAUAUGUUAAACACUGACGCUGCUUAUGCAGGUAAAUUGCUGAGUCCCAAAUUAGUAGUUUUAGCCUGAGGUAUUUCUGUCUUAUGCAGGUGACGGGUCUCCUGUUCUUCCGCUGUCCCGGAUGCCAUCUCAUUGUGGCUUUUCUGUAAAGAGGUCACGCAGAGAUGUAAUGUUUGUUGCACCAUACCUAGGCUGCCAUGUCACUCAACAGGUGACAUUUCCUCCAUGGAGGCUUACUGCUUUUACUUUCUAAAAAUUAACUCUUGAAUAAUCUCGUACUGCUGAAUGUUGAGAUUUUUUUUAGCCCCUAUUCACAUGUUGGCCGUUAUACCACAUUUACAGGGGUUGCAUCAUGACAUUAAAAUGCUUUCCUCCAUACAGGGGGGUAACUAUGUUCUGCCACUGCGUCUGUGGGGGGCACCCAUGACCAUGUCUUGUCCUGUUGCACCACCCCCUCCUCCCCCCUCUGUCUCCUGCUUUUUAUCUGGCAUGGUGGUGAAGCUUCCCAUGGCAGCAAAUGCUCUUAAAGUCAAAGGUGGGUAAUUCUUUGACAUUGUGUUUGAGUGCACAUGGUAUAUUUGGGCAUAUAAAACAAGUUUUAAAUAGAACCUAUGGUGAAUGAAUGCUGAUCCAAAAGGACAGCUUCAAGAAUUUCUAUCAUUGGUUGACAGUAGACUGGUGUGUGUCUACAGUCGUGUCUAUUCUGUUGCGCACACUGAAAUUGAUGUAUUUCAGUGUCUGGUGUGUGGGAGGGACUUCUCUCAAUCUCCCAGCAAUGUGGCUUAACCAUAGAGCCAUUCUUUGGAGGAGUGGUGAUCACUGCACCAUACACAGGACCCUGUGUGGAGUUGGAGGUAAUCUGCACUGCCAUCUUGUGGUCAUGAAAGGGAGCAAAUAGUCACUUACAUUUGGGUUAUUUCCUGACUUUAUAUAUUUAUUUAUUUUACUCAGGAUGACGAGCAUUUGCUUUCUAUGCUCUCGGUUGCUGGGGAGCUCACCAUCUCCUGCCCUGCAGGCCUCCCUCAAACUGAACCUGUUAUUCCUGGAUACCCUCCGUUCUACCAGUUGUCCCAGUACCAUUUCCCUCUGUAUCCCUCUCGACCCUCUUUCCCAACAGCAGCAGCCACUACCACACCUAAACCCACCCAUUCCCCUAAACCUUCUAGCCAGGCCACACAUAUGCCACCUAAAGGAUACCCCCAGGUCCCACAAAUGCCUGACUUCCACACGUUUUACCCAUACCAUUUUCCUCCGCAUCCCCUUCAAAAACCGUAUUUCCCAACAUCAGCCCCCACUACUACCACACCUAAACCCACCCAUUCCCCUAACCCUUCUAGCCAGGCCACACAUAUGCCACCUAAAGGAUACCCCCAGGUCCCACAAAUGCCUGACUUCCACACGUUUUACCCAUACCAUUUUCCUCCGCAUCCCCCUCAAAAACCGUAUUUCCCAACAUCAGCCCCCACUACUACCACACCUAAACCCACCCAUUCCCCUAACCCUUCUAGCCAGGCCACACAUAUGCCACCUAAAGGAUACCCCCAGGUCCCACAAAUGCCUGACUUCCACACGUUUUACCCAUACCAUUUUCCUCCGCAUCCCCCUCAAAAACCGUAUUUCCCAACAUCAGCCCCCACUACUACCACACCUAAACCCACCCAUUCCCCUAACCCUUCUAGCCAGGCCACACAUAUGCCACCUAAAGGAUACCCCCAGGUCCCACAAAUGCCUGACUUCCACACGUUUUACCCAUACCAUUUUCCUCCGCAUCCCCCUCAAAAACCGUAUUUCCCAACAUCAGCCCCCACUACUACCACACCUAAACCCACCCAUUCCCCUAAACAUUCUAGCCAGGCCACACAUAUGCCACCUAAAGGAUACCCCCAGGUUCCACAAAUGCCUGACUUACACACGUUUUACCCAUACCAUUUUCCUCCGUAUCCCCCUCAAAAACGGUAUUUCCCAACAUCAGCCCCCACUACUACCACACAUUCCCCCAAACCUGCAACCCAGGCCCUGCAUAUGCCACCUAAAGGAGACCACCAGGUCCCACAAAAGCCUGACUUCCACACGUUUUACCCAUACCAUUUUCCUCCGUAUCCCCCUCAACAACCUUAUUUCCCAACAUCAGCCCCCACAACUACCACGCCUAAACAAACACAUUCCCCUAAACCUACCCAGGCCCUACAUUUGCCACCUAAAGGAUACCCCCAGGUCCCACUGAGCUACCAGUUUCCCCAGUACAAUUUCCCUGGGUUUUUCCCUCAACGCUCUGUCCCAAGAGCACCCCCCACCACAGCCAGCCAACCGGAAAAGAACCAGAAUAACGCCCAGAAAUACCAUUACUCUGCUUUCCCCUACACCUACCGUCAAAAUUCGGCCAAUCCUCCAGUAACUGCUACCACCCCCCCUGGCACCACUCCCCAGGCCCAACCCAAGCAGCCCUUCAUGCAAUAUGACCAGUACCCGAUGGUUCGCAGCUGGUAUCCGUAUGCCUCUGCUCCGUUCCCUCCCCAUUAUGGAAUGGCUCCGUAUCAUGAUCAGGGGUCUAAAGAGUAA